AUGGCGAAUGGAUCGGCUCCGAUUCCAACACCGCAAUUCCCCACGCAUAACGCACCGCGGGUCUGGUUGGUGACAUCGGGCGACUCGCCCAUUGGGAUAUCCAUCGCGCGCCAGAUUCUCAGUCAUGGGGACUACGUGGUGUCCGGGAUCAUUCAAGCAGAGUUCGAGAACGAUGGGGCACGGAGUAAGGAGUUCAAGGGCUUUCUAGCUGAGGUGGGGAGGAGUCCGGGCUGGAAGGAUCGACUGAAGGUCGUUGGGCUGGAUAUCAGGAAUGUUGCACAUUGUCAGGCAGCGGUUGCAGAAGGAGUUCAUACCUUUCGUGGGGUGGACAUACUGUUUUGCUGCACAAGUGAAGCAGUAAUAGGCACCAUUGAAGAACUUGGAGCAAGUCACCGCACUUUGACACUGGUGCGAGACCAAUUCGAGAGGAACUUCUUCGGCCCCAUGAACAUCAUCAGAGCUGUGAUUCCUCAGAUGCGGUCUCAACUCAACGGCCACAUCAUCGUCCUCACCGGAAUUACUGGCCACCUUGGAACUCCCGGAUUGAGCAUGUAUUGUGCUUCAAACUGGGCAUUGGAAGGUUUCUGCGACAGCAUCGCAUACGAAAUUGCCCCGUUCAAUAUCAAGUUGACCAUCGUCCAACCCAGCGUGGAAAUCGGCAUCUUGACCAACCAAGUGACAUCCGCUCCACCAAUGAAAGAAUAUUCGAGGGACUACGGUCAAACGGCACCCAUGUUUCGAGGCAUUUUGGAUGGUCUGCUCAAUCGUCUACCUGGCAUCAGAGCAGAACAUCCACCACCACCAGAGUUUGACAUUCAAUCCCCAUCAUCCGAGGCUGAGAGACAGAGUGGGCCGUGGCUGCUCAGUCGUCCUGAAGUGGUCAGCAUGUAUCCUCCACUGAGUGCGGGUCACACCGAAAAGCUCAUUGCAGAAACCAUCCACGCAGUGACGGCUAUCGGCGGACAUGAGAAUCCACCUGCGCGUCACAUAGUAGGCGUGGAGGGAGUGGCUAGUGUGCGAGAAAAGCUCAAAACAGUGAGCGAAGAGCUGGAGGAGUUUGUGGAGACCAGUGUGUCUGCUGACAUCACCAAACAAGGAGGUGGUGCCAGUCGCUUGGGUGUGGUUGACAUCGAUAUCAAAGACUUGGAAAGCGAUGUUUUCGAUGCAUCGCUCGGUCUGCAUAUGAAUUAA